AUGGGCAACAACCAGACUGAUGUUCCCUGGUUGCACACUUUGAGCAGCUCCAGUGAAGGUGCAGUUCUUUGGUCCUCAACUAUCAAUAGUAUGGUAAAGAUGGUAUGCAUAAUGCUGAUUGUAUGUGUAUCCCUCUUUGGGAAUGUUGUGGUCCUUUUGGUUUUUCAAAGAAAACCUCAGCUUCUUCAUGUGGCAAACCGCUUUGUUCUCAACCUGCUCCUGGCUGACCUGCUCCAGACCAUAUUGGUCAUGCCCUUUGCCAUCGCAGCCACUGUCCCAGGUGUGUGGCCCCUGCACUCUCGACUGUGCCAGGCUUUGGUGGUCCUCCAGCAUCUGUUUGCUUUUGCAGGUGUCAACACUAUUAUCGUGGUCUCUGUGGACCGCUAUCUGGCCAUUAUCCACCCCUUGUCCUACCCCACACGUAUGACCCCAAAUCUGGGCACAAAUCUCAUCAUCUGUACAUGGGUUCUUAGCUUCCUUCAGAGCACCCCUCCUCUGUAUGGCUGGGGUACUAUUGACUUUGACCACCGUCUCCAUAUGUGUUCAGUGCUGUGGUCAGCUAGCCCCUCCUAUGCUGUGCUUGUAUUCAUCUUGUCUUUCUGGCUGCCUAUGUUCAUCAUGCUUGGAUGCUACUGGAUGGUUUUCAGAGCAGCUCGAAGGCAGAAUGCACUGGUACAUCCCAUACAGUCACAGUCCCUCUCUCAGCCCUGCCCCUCAGACAUUCCACACCAGCCCACAGCACAGAGCCAGACCCUGUCCCAACUGGCCUGUUCACCCGAUGGAGCUCCAACAUCCAGGGCAUACCCUGUGCGUGUACGUCACAGACGCUUCUAUUACCACUGCAAAGCAGCGCGAGUGGUUUUUGUCAUCAUGGCUUCAUAUGUUCUCAGCAUGGGGCCAUAUAGUAUUAUCAACACCAUAUCUAUGAGCUCACAAGCAGCUGUGCCCCAGUGGAUGUGCUCAUUGGCCUUGGUGCUGUUUUUCUUGCAGUGUUGUCUCCACCCAUACAUUUAUGGUUACAUGCAUCGUAGUGUGAGAAAAGAGUUCCUGGCAUUGCUCUGUGGACUCUUCUGUAAACAGGGCCGUCCCAGACAGAGUUCAGCAAUGGAGAGCUGCUUCACCACAGAGGGGCGAUCUGCAGCCAAUCCUCACCUGCCCAGCCUGGCAGCACGCAUCUUUCCCAUGCGCACCUGGGAGGAAUGCACCACAUCCUCCUCUCCUACUUUUGAGAGGAAGUCCAGAGAUAGUCGCAAAGAGACCACCUCAACAAGUAUUAGCUCUGAGAAAGAGAUAAUGGUGCCCAGCAAGCAAAGCACAGACUGA